GUUUGUCAUAACGGCUUGAAUCCACAGCUUAUGUUUGAUUAUUCGAAGCACGUAACCGACUCAGUGUUUCGGCUGACUGGCUACUGUUGGGCUGAGGUCAAAGACUUUGCAAACUUUGUGCCAACACGGAAGGAAAGCACCAUGGCAGGAAUAUCAAAGGUCGGCAGGCUGAAUAACGACUCUCCUGAGCGCUAUGCCGCAAGUUUCACGUCCUUCCUGGAUGCCACUGAGAUGAGCGCAGAGUGCUACUACCUCUUUUUUGAGUCAGUUGUUCCAGACUCCACCCUGUGUGAGUCGGGAGGCGAAGUGCGUGUACUGGGGAUAGGGAGUGGAUCAGGAGAAGCUGACAGUAUCAUCACAAAGAAACUUCUACAGCGGCACAGCAGUGUGUACAACAGGGUUGUGGAACCGUCGGAGGGACUGAUUGAGAAAUACAAGACGUUAGCACGUGAAGACACGAGCCUCAGUGCUGUGAAGUUUGACUGGCGCCACCAGACAACGGAAGAGUACUUCCUGAGCUCGAGGGAGGAAAACAUAAAGUUCCAUCACAUUCAUGCCAUCAAUGUUCUGUACUACGUUGAAGAUCCAGUCGCCACCUUGCGGAACAUGUGGGAACAACUAGCUGAUGGUGGCUAUAUGUUAGUGACCAUGGAGUCAGAAAAGGGUGACUGGGGAAAGCUGGGGCUCAAGCUGUGGGAAGAUUUCGGACAAGGUGACCGCUUGGACACGUCUCUCCGUAUGGCCGGUGACAUCAAAAUAUGGCUUGAUGCGAUGGGUGCCACCUACGUCUCUUUCGAGAACAAAGUCGAAGUCAACGCCACAGAGUGUUUUCAGGAAAACUCCGAGGAGGGGAUGUUGCUUCUCGACUUCAUCACACACACACCUCAUACCUCAGACAUCCCAGAAAUACGAGCCAUGGCCUUAGAUUUUAUCCGACGACAUUCCUCGCUGGUAGAUGAUAAGAUUAUUUUUCUAUCAAUCGAAGAAACUAUCGUCGCUUUUAAAAAGUGAACAGAAAAAUAAUGCUCUUUAUUUGUGGUAAAUUCCGUUGGAACAUAUUGAGUUUGAUUCUGAAAUUCAACUGUUAUUAGCAUUGAACGCAUUGAUGGUGCUUUGAUCGACGUUUGAUAUGAUUGUAAUGCAAACCGAUGAAUGCUAGUGCG